CCGCUGACAGCGGUUCAUUUACUCUCCCGACAACAACAUCUCCGGCAAGGUGCCUGAUGGUCAACUCUUCGUUUUUCAGACACUCUCUCCAGCCGCUUGAAAAAGGGCUUCUGUAACUCGCAGCAUUGACCCUCGAGCUGUCCAGGCCAAUGGAUCAUGGUCAGUUUGAGCGGGAGGGCAGAGUAAUGUCACAGGCUCAUGUGGACAAGGUUGACCUCUGUGAUAACUUACCCACCUCUCAGGCUCAAACUCCAAACCUCAACUCCCUCACGGAAAGUCGAGGUCUCCCUCUUUCACAAACUGAAGGAAAAACAUGUGACGUGAUUACAAAAACUUCUCUAAACAACAAUGGAAAGGAGGAGCAGAAGCUGGAGAUGGAACAGGGACACAAAGAGAGUCCAGAAAAAAGCAGAAAUGAGUAUGAUGAAGAAGACACAGAUGAGAUGAUGAGGGAAGAGGAGGAGGAGGAUGAAUCCGAGGGAUCAAGCUGUAUAACACGUGGCAAGUCUCCAGACACGCCUAUGACUGAUUCUUCAUAUUCAGAAACCGGCAGUCUGUUGGAGACUCCAUAUCCUUUAAGCCCUGUUGCCAGUCCGGAGCCUACCUCUCCUGUCAUUCCAGCGGUCAAUCCAGAAGCUGCAAAUCUCAUCGAUUCACCGGGGCUCAGGCAUAGUGACACUGAAGCGGAGCCUACUUUCACCGUGGGGCCUGUAAGCUUAACUACACAGUCUCUAACCUCGGUCAGAAGCCCGACUCAGCCUACAGAAGCUUCUGACGGGACAGCAAAAGACUCAUCUACAGAACAAAUUACCUCAUCCGCCGAGCCCGUCUUCAGCCAUGGGCCCGUUUCUACCACAGACCCCACCACGUCAUGUCCGGGACCAAUCAUCUCAGCUGCAGAGACGCUUACUUUAACUGCACUAGCAAAGCUCAACACUUCCACUACUUCUACUACUUCCACUCCGGCCAGUGCAGCAAUGGAAAUCCUCUCCUUCACCCCGGGGCCAAUCACGGCCGACCCAGAGUCCAGGUCAACUACAUUAGCUGUAUUAUCAAAUCAGGAACAGAUGGCUUCUACUCCACUGACCGCUGGCGUCUCAGUCUCCACCAUCACAGCAGGCGCUGCUUCCAGGCCUGCUCUGUUGGAGACUCUUGAGCAGCUGGCACAAAGAGGAGACGACACCCACCUCCCGCAAUACCUUCACCAGAUUGCUGAGGCCUUUUUCCUUCAAGAAGACUACCAGCGAGCAUUGUGGUUCAUCCAACUAGAGAGACUUUAUCACCAGAGGGUUUUGGACAACCUGAAUGCACUUCAAGAGCAGUGGGAGAGUCAGUGUAGAGUAACCUGCUCGUCUGAUCUGGCAACCCGCUGUCUGGAUACUCUCAAACACAUCUGCCAGACACACAGUCGACCAAGGACAAGAGAUGCUGAGAAUGCAUCUCUGGAUCUGCUGAGACCUAAGUCUGAAGGACAUGGUGCAUGGCCUUCGUGUAACUCAGACCACCAGGUUGAGGGAAGGAUGGAGCAAAAAGCUGAAGACUCCUUAUGCCCUGUCAUACCUUCUAUUCUUUCACCUGAAAUUUGCAGUUCCCUUGAAAUCUCAGAAAAGGACGGGGAAAACCCUGCCAGGGAAUCAGAGAGGCGGGGCAUUGUUUAUGGAUCUCCCCGAACUGAGGAGCAAAGCCAAGUUGGAGAGGGUGGAGAUUCAGGAGGAGGAGGAGUGGGAUGCACCAUAUCGGUCAUAGGAAAUGGGCUGCACCCCUCCCCAGCUGGGGCAAUGGAUCAGUCCAAGUCUGCAGAGCAGCAGGGAGAUUUAUAUCAAGCACGAGAAGAGGAGGAGAAAGGGGAAGUGGAGGAGGCCGCAGAGGCUUUGGAGAUGGAAGAUGAAGGAGCAGAAGAUGAAGGGGAGGAGGAGCAGAAGGAAGGAGGCCCUGAUUCUCGUCAGGAGCCUCUCCCAGUGGAGACUCUGGUCAGUGGAGCAGAGGUGGAGCCACAGCAGCUAAACCAGAACGCUUUAGGUCAGGAGAAGCAACACGAUGAGUCCCGGCACUGCCAAAACCCCCAGGGCUCUAAAGCAAGCCUGCAUGACGAGGUCCCCCCACCUCAAGAGGUCCACAUAAAGCAGCGGGAUGAGCGUGGAGAGGAAAGAGAGGUGGAUGAGGAAGAGGACUAUGAAGUAUACCAGGCUGACAUCAUCAGAGAAGCUCCCUCACUGGACGACAUGGCCAAACUCAUAACUAUAGAGGAGAUCUCCCCUGCCUCUGGUCUUGUCUCCAUAUUGAAGAAAAGAAACGCUUUUAUGGACAGCAUGAGCGUGUCGUCACGUACAGAGCUCCAACCUGACAGACAGACCGCUAAAAGACGCGUCCGCUUCAAAGUUCCCGACGACGGCUAUGACAAUGAGGUCGGCGGUGGGGACUCCUGCCUGCUUCUCUUCCUUCUUUGUCUGGUGACUGUAGUCAUCAGUGUUGGGGGCACCGCCCUUUACUGUGCAAUCGGCGACGCCCAGUCCUCGGUCUGUCAGGACUUCUCCAGAAACGCGGACUUCUACUUUGAUCAGAUACAUCGUGGGAUCACUCAGAUCCAACACUGGUUUGCUCCUGGGUCAUAACGGAAAACGGCUUUUCAACAUGUCGAGCCACUGGAAUGUAUACUCUGCGGUUCCUACUUCUUCCAGAGACUAUGAUUUUUCAGCCGUCAAGAGGAAGCAGAUACAGUUGACAUUUGUAAGCCUGUGAACUGCAUUUUUGAUGCUUUUGAGUACAAUUCCAGGACAAAAUCCCAACUUUUUUGGCCACGUUUCCCAUGAAAACUAUACUUUGGAAGCGAAAUCAACACAAUGAGAAACAGUCAAUUCUAACAACAAAGAUGUCUCCACUCUCCCAUUCCAGAAAAUGGUCCCUCCUGCUUCCCUGUGGGCUCUAUACGGACUGAAAAAGUCAAAAAUUCUCAAGCAAGGCUUUUAAAUUCUUGUGUGAUUUGAAGUUUGCGAUCGAAGUUGCUGCCAGAGGUUAUGACGUUUAAUAUUGAAAAUUCACUAGCAGAAAAAUCAAUCAUGGCUGCAAACAAACUUACUUACUCCCACUCGAUUCCAGCUCCCUUCGUGUGAAAGUUAAAAGAGCUGAAAAUCAUUGAAAUAAAAAUAAUAUAAACAUUGAUGUAGAGUUCGUUCACUAGGAUGCACCAGUGAGGUAAAAAGCCCGGUGUGUGUUUUAUGUACUACUGCAACAAAUUCUGUUGCUUUUGUGUCAGAUUUUUUUAAAUAACUUAAGAAAUUUUAACCUGUCUGUCUUUACAUUGGAAUGAAAUCAUUAUGUCUUAAUUGUGUCUUAAAGUUUUGAACAACUGUUUGGAGUUUAAUCGUAACUUUAUUUCGUGUCAUCCACGGGGCAUCCGUGUAUUAUCAGAAUAUAUACUGAAGUUUUUAUUUUGGUAUAUAUGAUACUGAGCUGCUAAUGUUAUACAAUCAAAUCAAAACCUUUUUUUGAGGAGGAAAUAACAUUAAUUGCAUAUAAUAAAUGUUAUUUUAACUUAUGCAUUGCUUUUGCGAUGAGCAUUUUGCUGAAGAGCUCCUUAUCUGUACAGUAGAAACUUGACCUGAUGUCCUUUUCUGUAUAUUUCUAACAACGGGUUUACAGCUGGCUAACGCAGCUAACGCUGGAGACUAAGAUCCACUUGACCCUUUAUGGGUUUCAAUGAGGCAAAUGGAUCUUUGUGUAGCACAUGUGACAUGUAGAGGGACGCAGCGCUCUUCUGUAUAUGUAGUCAAAGGAAUGUUGAACACAUUGUUCAUACCAUUGGUACAGUUUUUGUUUUUAAAGAUUUUGCAAUAUUUCUACAGGGAUUGUUCUGCUGGACCUAAGCACAGGCUUGCCAUCACUUUCAGAGACAAAACAUCCAUAUGCACUUAAUGUUUGCACAGUCCAUUUGAACAAAAAAAUACUCUAUAUACCUAACGGGUUGUGUGUUGUUAUGAAAUAUUUUAUCGGUGAUUCUUUUUUUUUUUUUUCAGUUUAAAAAAAAAAAACUAAACAAGAAUGAUUAGGUGCAGAUAAUCAGUGCAGGACCAUGUGAAGCAUUAUUUGCUUUCGUGUUUGCACCUUAAGAGAUUCUGGGCAUCAUCCACCACGGUUAUCACUGCUUUCUUGUAGGUUUUUUUUUUUUUCUCCUAUAGAUGCCUCAUGGUCUUCCGUAUUUGUUACCGCAAUAGCAUUUUCCACAUCUUAUUAUUUUCCAUGUGUUGAAAUUUGAAUAUGGAUUUAAGAUGGAGAGAGUUUCUGCUAUCCUUUGAAAAGAUAAAGAAAAAAUAACUUUUUAUUUGACAGGGUUACAGUACAUUUUAUCAAUGCUUUGUUUUUAUAGCAGUCAUUGUAAAGCAGAUUUUAUUCUUGCCGUGGUCACUAUUAUUGCUGAAUAUCACUUUUCGCCAAGCACCCAUGACUUUGUCUUUGUUCAGCAUAUUGCAAUAUUUGUUUUCAUUUAAUACGUUUCAUCCAUUUUGCUGUUGUGGUGGAUUAAUAGAAAGUUCUGUAGAAAAUCCUCAUAUCCUGUGUCAUGCUCUGCACUGUCAGAGAGUAAAGAUGACAAGUGCUCCAACUAACCUCUCAAAGACUAAAAACAUAGAUAGUUUUAUCUCUUUCAUGAUGUGUCACUCUCCAAAACCCAAUGAUUUGUUUGAAAUAUGAGGAUUUUUUCCAGGACAUAAGGAGUCGUCUGUUCACCCGUGUUUUGAUUUGCACAAGUCAUCUGGCUGGUUCAGAUGAAAAUUCUUCAGAAAACUUCUUAUUUAACCUUCUUUGUUCAUUUUAAUUAUUUAUGGUACAAGAGUUAUCAAUUUUAUGUGAUUAUAGGGAAAACAACAGAUUUAUCAUGUGGUCUGCGUUUGUCUUUUACUUAUGGGUGUUACGUUUUUCAUACUGUUUUUACCAGUGUUCUUCCGGAGGCCUUGACAGAAACGUGUAAAGGUUGUUUUUUUUGUUCUUUUGUUCAUUUUGUAUCAAGUGAUUUGAAACCUAUGAGUUUCUGCUAUUGCUGACGGUAUCUCCUCUCAAGGAGAUUGUUAAACUCUCUUCUUAUGUUUCAUUUGAAAACACUAUCCAUUUAUUUGUUUUUUCACCUUUUGAUUUCAGCAGAACAUUAUAGAUGAAUUAUUAAUUGUGAUUUCGGGGUGGAUCAGUAUGUACCACUCAUCAGGCUGAUGACAGAAUUUUAUGAAUAAUUUGUUGAACUCUCUUACUUUCUUCUUACUGUAUGUAACAACAAGAUGAGGUUUUUAUUAUGUUAUUAAAAGCCACCGCUUCCAUGUUAUGUCUCUUUUUUUUUG